CCACAUAAAGCCAUCCUAUUCAGUGUGGGAGGCAACUACAUGAAUACAAUCAAUGAAAAUUGGAGCAGGGGUUACCAACGGGGGCGUAAUGCGUGAUAUCGGUGGUUUCGACACAUAGCAUUCAGCAACAACAUUCAACUUAUUCGUGAUAGCGCUUGAUAACCAACGAAGGACAUUGUUUUGUCAUAAGAAAUUAAAAGCACUUCUACAGACAUUCUUACAGGUGUGAUUGGAAAAUAUUAGUUGCGAUGCCGCGCUUUUAUUAUCUUUGGUUGAUGAUCCAUGCUAGGCAGGACUAGCCGAAGAAAAUUGCACGCCAUGGAUACGAAACGCAUCAUGGAUACAGAACGUGGAUUGGUUAAAAGGUGAAUCUCAUGACGCAAUGAUGAUAACUGAAUAUGGACGACGUCGUAUUCAUUGAGAAUAUUUCGAUGUCCAGGAUCCAACCAUGCAACUCCAGAUGACCCUUGACACUUCCUUAUCGAGCUCUGACUCUGACAGCAGCAGCAUCAAGAUGACGCUAGGAUCACCGUCAUCACCAAGCAAACUCAGAGGUACCUUCACGCUGUCGUCGGCCACGGUGGACCCUCUCACCAACUUCGAUUCCUGGCCUACCACCACUUCGGGGUUCGCUUCGAAAGCGAUAACGGACCAACGACCAGGAGUCGGGCGCGGUCGUCUUCCGUCGAUUGGAGAGUUGAACCCAGCUUCGAAACUGACAUACCCCGCACAGCAGAGUUUCAUGCAGAUGUUCACUACUCCUGGAACCAAUGGAAGUAUUUACUCGAAACGGAAGAACCUUUAUGCAGGCUACCACCAACAGCCGCAAGGACAUCGACCGAUCAAAGACCGAAUCAUCAAGCAUAACCAAUCCGAAACACAAAUAAAGUCAAGGGUAGAACCGUUACCCGAAGACACUGGUGCUACCUAUGCUCAGCAGUCUUUCUUACAGGGGAGUGGAUUACUGGAACCUAGUAAAAAGGUGUGGACAGCGCCCUCGGAAAUGACCAAGGGUCCCAGACAUGUUGCAACGUUGCCAACAAGAUCACCCCCAUCAAACUUGACCGCUCAUAGGGAAACGGUGACCAUUGAUGGGAAGGUCCGUCGCGUUCGGUUUCUAAGCGCUGACCACGCACCUGCUAGAGACGACCCGGAGUUCAGGAAGCUCCUCAGCAAUACAAAGACAGGGGUUGAUGGCAGUAGGAAAACUGCAACUGACCGAAGCUCAAAGACAAGCGUCACAGAAGACAAGAAGAUCCAUCUGCGAUCUGUGACUGUCUCUGGACCACGAAAGACAAUCCUUGAUGGUGGCGGGGGAGGAAAAACAGUCCCAAAGACUGACUCAAAACAGGAAUCGCCUGAUGUUUGGUUAGAACGAGCCAGAAAACUACGUGCUUCCAAGGACAAGAAUGUCACGAAAACAGAGACUAUCAGCAAACAGUCAGAAUCGGUGAAGUUUCAUGAAGAGGAGGAGAAUAAUAUGAACAAAGAUGAAGAUAAGACGUUGAGUAGUGUAAUCAAACAUGUGAAUUAUUGUGAUGAGAAGAAAACAAGAUGGGUUGUAAGAUGGUUAGACGAUGUCAAUAAACAAAGCCAUUUUGAUAUCAUUGAGUAAGACAAUGGGACAGUCUGUGAGUCGCAUGUACACUCAGUUGGAUUUUCCCCUCUUUUAAUUUAGAGCUUCAUGUAACAGCAAACGAACUCACACAGUGACCAUUCCCCAUCAAUGAUUCAUAAGAAUAUAAUUUCCCGGAAGUAGGAAACAUUUUGUUAUGUGAACUUUUCUAUCAUGUUCUCAUAAUGAUGUUAUAGACUCUGCCAUCAUUAUUAUUAAUUUAAACCGGAAGGCGAUCGCUGAGUUGAUUUGUAUUGAGUUAUGCCGUCCAUUAUUAACAUUUGCAUUUAGGUCAUUUAGAAAUGCAGCAAAAUAUUCGAGAACUUCCAGUAUUUUGUUUAUUCUUUCUGACAAAAUGUUUGCAAUAAAUUACAAUGAUGCAAUGUUGAUGUUUUGAAGUUCAUAUAUAACUAUGUGCAUACGAUAAUCAUCUAAUAAAUAAUUUGAAACGAGUGAAA